GAUUAGAGCAGAAGUUGUAGUAACAACACUGUCAGCAAUAGCAUCUCUGUGUUGCAACCCCGGACCAGCUUGGGACCUCCACAUCGGAAGUCUUCAGUUCUUUUUUAAUAUGACUCACGUUCUUCACUUCCAGCCCCAUAGCAGUCACCCUCGAAGUUUCUGCUUUAAUUCGUACCUUAAGAGUUUGUGAACUGUCUUUAUUCUGCCUUCCUGGGGUCUGGGAAAUCUUCUAAAACAACUCAGCUCUGUGAUCCUGUGCAUUCUGUUGCCCGUUCACUGGGCCAUCUUAGGCUACCACAGAGCCAGAAUUCCCUGCCACUCGGCUUGCUCUGCAGAAUUUCGACAUGACCUACAGUGUACAAUUUGGGGAUCUUUGGCCCUCGAUUCGUGUUAGUCUUCUCUCAGAGCAGAAGUAUGGCGCGUUGGUCAAUAAUUUUGCUGCUUGUGAUAACGUGAGUGCUGAGCUGGAGCAGCUGAGUGCCAAGGACUUUGUGAAUGAAGCCAUCUCUCGCCAGGAACCAGAGCCUGAGAGUGGCCUCGCUCCCACUCCAUCCCCAGACUGCAGUCCAAACCUUCGAUGCUUUACUUUCUCCAGAGGGGAUGUCAGCCGUUUCCCUCCUGCCAGACUUGGCAGCGUGGGUCUCCUGAAUUACUACCUGAUGGAUGCUGCCUCCUUGCUACCAGUCCUGGCUCUUGGUCUGCAGCCUGGAGACACCGUGCUUGAUCUUUGUGCAGCUCCUGGGGGAAAAACACUGGCCUUACUUCAGACGGGCUGUUGCCGCAAUCUUGCUGCCAACGACCUCUCCACUUCCCGAACAGGCAGACUACAGAAAGUCCUGGACAGUUAUGUGCCCCAAGACAUCAGGGACGGGAAUCAAGUUCGAGUGACCUCAUGGGAUGGCAGGAAGUGGGGAGAACUGGAGGGGGACACCUAUGACCGGGUGUUGGUAGAUGUGCCAUGUACCACAGACCGCCACUCCCUUCAUGAGGAAGAGAACAAUAUCUUCCAGCGCUCAAGGAAAAAGGAGCGACAGAUGCUGCCUAUGCUGCAGGCGCAGCUUCUCGCGGCUGGACUCCUUGCCACCAAACCCGGAGGUCACGUUGUCUACUCCACGUGCUCACUGUCACACUUGCAGAAUGAGUAUGUGGUGCAGGGGGCCAUCGAGCUCCUGGCCAAUCAGUACAGCAUCCAGGUUCAAGUGGAAGACCUGUCUCACUUCCGAAAGCUUUUCAUGGACACAUUCUGUUUCUUCCCAUCCUGCCAGGUUGGGGAGCUGGUAAUACCAAACCUCAUGGCCAAUUUUGGGCCUAUGUACUUCUGCAAAAUGCAUCGGCUGCCCUAGUGUCACCCUCUGGACUCUGUUGGGGGCACCGGAACAGUCGAGUGGCAGAGGCGCACUCCAAGGCCUGCCUCCCUCCUGUGGACAGCAGGAAGUAGGACCACGGCCCAGCUGAGGAUGAUCAGCAGGUUUCUGACUCAGACUUCACUUCUAUCCUGUAACCUGCACUAAGGCCCCUGUUCCAUUAGGGACUUAGACAGAAUCGGUGAAUAAACCCAUAGUUUAAGCUGUAAACUUGGGAAGAAACAUUUAGCCAAUAAAGUUGGUGAAGUA